GGCACCCAUAUUCAGGGACUGGGCCCCGUAGGUACAUGAGCAAAGCUCAACGCGCAUGCGACCUUUGUCGCUCUCGGAAGUCGGCGUGUCAGAUCGACACGGCUCCCCCUUGUCGCCUAUGCAGGGUUCAUGGACAACCUUGCGAGUUCACCGACCGUAUAGUCCGUAAGAAAAGGCACCAUUUGCAGAAUACUGCCUCCCCGUCACGGAACGCUUUCAACGGUAUAGCUGGCUCUAGUGAUGGGCGAACGAAUGAGUCAUCGGUAUUUGCAAGCUUGGUGAAACCGACGGAUUCAGCAGCCAUGCAUAUGACGGAAAGCCCUAUGCAUGCUGAAGAUCCAAGCGUUGGCGAGCAGUUAUUUGACUUUAGCUUGGGGCAAGGUUUUGACGAUCCACAUGCCUCUGUCCUGGGUAGAGAAGACCAUGGAAUCAUGGAUGAGCUGAUGCUCAGUAUGUAUGAGGGUCAGGGAUUGUCUCAUAUAGAGCCGAAUCCUGGUCUGGGUCCCCCAUCUCUUGAUAACCAUCCAUCAUUGACUUCUCAGUUGUGUGGUCUGACUGGUGAUAUGGAUCCCUAUGUUCUACGACACUAUCGUUUCGAUAUAAGAUCAGAGUUUCUAUUCUCCAAGCUUGCUAUACGGUCAGUACGAAAUACAGAGGUGCCAGUGCAAUUCUUGUUAUCGAAACCUGAGUUGAGCAACGAGUCGAAGUCCUUAACUAGCCUGGAACCCCCAAUUCCUGGGGAAGGAUUGUCUGGUCUAUCGCAGAUCGUCACCCCGGAGAUUGGGGAGCGAUUGAUCCAAUUGUUUACGCGUUUCGUUAACCUACAAUUUCCCAUUCUUUCCGAGGAUCGACUCCCAGAUCCACGAGCCUCAUCGGCACAUCUCCUAGCGGCGAUAUACUUGAUCAGCCAGCCCUUUACGACGUUUGAUGACUACCUAUGCAUCGAGCUCGUGUACAGUCCUCCGUCGCCGCAAGACCUAUUUAGAAUCGCGUGGAGGGAGCUUAAUCAUGCUUUAUCUGAGCCGACAAUCCAGUCCUUGCAGGCAGCACUGAUUCUCCUAUUACACCCGCCUUCGAAUCCUCUGUUACUUGACAGCACGGUGAAGUGGACACUUCUCGGCAUGACUGUGUCAAUGGCACAAACCCUCGGUCUGCAUUUGAACCCUUCUAUAUGGAAUAUACCAUCAGAUGAAAUCCAUACCCGUCGCCGUUUAUCAUGGGUGGUAUUUGCUAUAGAUAAGUGGCUCGCCUUUAGCUUCGGCCGACCAAGCCACAUCUCAAGAAAUGAUUGGCUCAUUACCGAAUUGAAUUCGAGCGACAUUGAAUCUGAAACCUCUACCAGUGGUGCUCAUUUGUAUGCUAUUGAGUUCUCAAAGCUCACCACAAUCCUGGACAAUGUCCUCACAAGCCUUUAUUCUUUACGUGGAUUGUCCGCCCUGUCCAAGGACUUCCGUUUGACAAUUUCCAACGCUCGUCCACUUAUGCACGACCUCACAGCAUGGCACGCCAGCCUACCUUUACUACUGGCCAUGGACCCGACAGCCGGACGUAAACAAACAUCGAAUGAUUCAGCAUCUCUCCACAUCGCCUAUCAAUCCGUGAAGAUCCUAAUCCUCCGCGCAUUACUCCGCCCAUUCAACAAUACAGAUCAUCCUGCUUCUGAACUAGAGCAAGAUGAAGAGUGGCACGCCGCACGGUCGCAGAUUCGCAAAACAGCAUCAACCGAGACAGAUGCGGCUCUGAGCCUUAUAUCAAACCUACAACCAGCACACUACCACGCAUUCUGGGCACCUUGGUCGAAAACGUCUUUUGCCUCUAUAAUGAAUCUUUUGUUCCUGCUGACGGUCACCGCUCACCAGUUAUGUGGCCCUGAAGGUAUGAAUUCAGGGGAAGAGUACACUGAGCGCAGGGAGACUCUUGAUCGGGCGAGAACGAUAUUUCGAUUACAUGCGAAGAGUCUCGAUAUCAUCCGAUUUGCCCUUCUACGCAUUGAUGCGGUGUUUUGGAUCGGAUGGGAGAAGGUCUUGGGCUUUCAUUGAGCCCCUCAAACCUACUAAGAUAAAUACGAUGAUGAUAGUGACCAGUGGACUCUGGCAAAGACUGUAAAACAA